UGACUUUAGAAUGAUUUAUGAGGCUUUACCUUUAUCAUCUGAUGGUUAAUAAUCCUAUUAAUCCAUUUGAUCGCGUUGGGUGAAGAGACUUUGUCUCAGGCGUGCUGCUGUGGUCCAAAAUGAUGCAUGCGCAGAUGCAAAAGGUGGACCAAUUUUUAGGGGCGGAUUGUUUGGUCUGCGACAACGGCAUUCAAACGAAAAUACCACACGUUUUGACUGAACUGACCUGAUUGUUUUUUUUGUGGCAUUGUCUCAGAUUCAAUCUCUACGUGAUUACUUACGUGUUCCUUCUCAGGAGGUGUCAUGCAAGCCUUUUUAAAAGGAACAGCCGUUCAGGCUUCCAAGCUUCAAAAAGACAAGGCCACAGCAGGACCCAGCACAGAGAAAAAAACCAAGCCUAUUCCUUGGGUAGAGAAAUACAGACCAAAGUGUGUGGAUGAGGUGGCCUUUCAGGAAGAGGUUGUAGCAGUGCUGAAGAAGUCCCUGGAAGGAGCAGAUCUUCCCAACCUGCUCUUCUAUGGCCCACCUGGAACAGGAAAAACCUCAACUAUUUUGGCUGCUGCUAGAGAACUUUUUGGACCGGAUCUGUACAGGCAGAGGGUUUUGGAACUAAAUGCCUCAGAUGAACGAGGUAUCCAGGUUAUCAGAGAGAAGGUCAAGAACUUCGCUCAGCUCACCGUAGCCGGCAGUCGUUCUGAUGGAAAGCCAUGCCCUCCUUUCAAGAUCAUCAUCUUGGAUGAGGCGGAUUCUAUGACGGCACCAGCUCAGGCUGCUCUCAGGCGGACCAUGGAGAAGGAGACCCGCACCACUCGCUUCUGUCUCAUCUGUAACUACAUCAGCAGGAUCAUUGAGCCUUUGACCUCCAGAUGUUCCAAGUUUCGCUUCAAGCCUUUAGCCAAUAAUAUCCAAGAGGCACGCCUCCUAGAAAUCUGUGAGAAGGAGAAUCUGAAGCACACUAAAAAGAGUAUAGCAGCAUUGGUGAAGGUGUCUGAGGGAGACCUGCGGAAAGCCAUCACCUUCCUCCAGAGUGCUGCUCGCCUCAGUGUGGACAAGGAGAUCACAGAGCAAGGAGUUAUUGAAUUAGCUGGGGUUGUCCCUCCCAAGAUGAUUGAUGGGUUGCUUGAAAUCUGCUUCAGAGGAACAUUUGAGAAACUAGAAGUUGCCAUUAGGAGCAUGGUGGAUGAAGGUUAUGCAGCGACGCAGAUCCUGAAUCAGCUCCAUGAAUGCAUCAUAGAGCAGGACCUGAGUGACAAGCAGAAAUCAGCCAUCACAGAGAAGAUGGCAGUGGUGGAUAAGUGCCUGACUGAUGGUGCAGAUGAGUACCUGCAGAUGCUGAGUCUGUGUUCUGUCAUCAUGCAGGAGGCAUCGCAGAACUAAAACAUCUCUCUCCAGGCAGGUACUCUGAUCUGCCUCCAGCAAGACCAACAAACUCACUUAAAUAUCAACACUUGAAUUGGGUUCCUUCUGCAACAUGAAAUUAAAGUUAGUUGUAACUUUCCUUUCUGUUUUCAAAGCAGUAGAUGACAGACAAGUAAGCUUUUUCUGUCUAUUCAAAGGCUAAAUAAGGAACACAUUCCCUCUAACACAAGUCUGUUGUGAAUAAAUGCAUCACAGAACUGUUUCGAUAAUGCCUUCUUCAAAGUGAAAUAGCCAAUCAGAUGUCUGAGUUCCAUUUAUUUAGCGACCUCUCGACAGAUCUUUGGAGAUGUUUUGCAUUUUGUAUUGUAAUAAAUAUUAUUUUGUAUC